AGGCGCAGCUCUACUCUCUCAGGCUCGAACCUUCCCGGCGUGUUCCUUCCGCUGCGCUGCCGCUGCGCGCGCAGAGGACGCGCGCCGAGAGAGGCGCUACAUGGUCGACUUCAAUGAGAGCGAGGGCGAGUCGGCUUUCUUGGUUGUGAGAUCAACAAAGGGGGUCUGGUUCGACAACCCCCACGUGUUCCAUCGGAGCCUCGCAAAGGUGCCAAUCAGCUUUUGUUUCGCGGAGGGGGCCCAGGUUCAGACCGAGCUCGGGCCAACGGCUUCCGUCAAGGUCGGUGGCUACUUCGCUUCCAGUGCGGAGUAUGAGGAGUGGUAUCAGCGCCGCCGCGCGAGCCUGACGCUGCCGCCUUCGCUCGGAGCUGAGGCGUGCGGCGUCAACGACGACGUCGUCGUGAAGGAGGAGGCCGUCGCCGGGGAAGCCGCCUCCGACGAGGCCGUCGUCGCCGAGGAGUCCGCCGCCGAGGAGGCGACCACCAAGUCCACCGCCACCGAGGUGUCCGCCAGCGCGGAGGCAGUCGCCGAGGAGGCGCCCGUCGCCGAGGAGGUCGUCGCCGAGGAGGCUGCCAAGGAGGUCGAGAAGCCGGCCAAGACCGUUUCCAACACGCCCGACCCAACGGAGCGGGCCGACCGGUCAAUGGUCGUGGAGGACAGCUUCUACGCCUCCAAGCCGGCCUACACCAUCUCUCCGCCGAACGAGCCCCUGGAGCAGGUCUCCUACAUGCGGCAGGACGCGAGCGUCGAGUGCGGCACCGACGAUCACGAGUCGAUCAAGAAUCUCGCCGUCGGCUUCAUCGUCCUCUGGCCGGUCGGCUCGCUGGUCCUCUUCACGUCGCUCCUCGCCGCCUGCUACAAGCCGCUGCAGGCCAAGUCGCCGAACGCUCUGACGCGGGCCACCGCCUUCCUCCACCGGGAGUACGAGAAGACCUGGUACUGGUGGGAGGCGGUCGAGCUGGCGCGCAAGCUCGUGCUCACGGGCUUCGUGCUGCUGAUCCCGGAGAAGAACGCCUUCCUUCGCCUCGUGGUGGCGACCCUCGUCUGCUCGUGCUACGCCGUCGUGCUUGCCGUCGUGCGGCCGUACAAGCGGGUCGAGGACAACGUGCUAGCCGUCGCCACAAGCCUCGCGCUCCUCCUCCUCUUCCUCGGCACCAACUGGACCACCAUCUUUCUCGGCAUCGAGGAGCGGUACCAGGAAGCCGACCCCGCCGAUGUCCUCGGCUUUGGCAAGCUCAAUGCGAUCGUGGACACGAUGAUCGGCCUCGUCGUUUUUGCGCUCGUGGUCUUCUUAAUCGGUGCCGUCGUCGCCGCCCGUCGCGUCGCCAAGGUCCCCACAGUCCGUCUCGUCUCGACCAAGCAGCCCCCCGAGCUGAGCAUCGGGACCGGCAUCACGUGGCACCUGUUCCUCUCGCACAUCUGGUCGACCGGUCAAGACGCCGUCGGAAACAUUAAGAGUGAGCUCCAGCUUCUGGUGCCGGGCCUCAAGAUCUUUCUCGACGUAGAUGAUCUCAAGGAUAUUGGGUCGCUGGAGGAGUACAUCCAGCACUCGCAAAUGAUCCUCUUCUUCCUCUCGUGUGGCUACUUCCGCUCCAAGGCGCGCUCUCGCCGCCCUAACUGCCUCCGCGAGAUCCGCUCGUCGCUCGAGCAGAGCAAGCCGAUCGUCCUCGUCCAAGAGGCGGACCCUGCAAAGGGCGGCGCGACGUUGCAGGCGCUGCGCGACGAGUGCCCCGAGGACCUGCAGCCCGACAUCUUUGAAAAGGGCUGGGCGCACACCAUCUACAUGCGAAUCCAGGAGUUCCAGCGCGUCUCGCUCAAGACCAUCAUCGAGGCGGUGCUCCUCUGCUCGCCAAACUACGUGAACCAGAGCUCCCUCCCGCUCUGCGUGCCGGGCGAGCCCGAGAGCCAGUUGCUCGCCUUUGCCAAGGAGACCAUGCUCUGGGCCUCGCCGGCCAAUGCGGGCGCACAGGUCUUGGCUGACGAGAUUGCCACCACUUUUGCCGGUCUCACGAUCUCCACCGCCGAUGCUCGGCCGGCCACCGUCACGCACAUGCUGCUCUACCUCAACGAGGACAGCUUCAGCGACGAGCGGCUGGCCGAGCAGGUCAAGCAGGCGCGCCAGGACAGGCUGAAGAUCGUCAUGGCGCACGAGAACGACCCGGACCUCGGCGGCUGCCAGUUCUCGAGGUUUUUCGAAGUCACCCCGCAGGAGCGGGCUGGGGAGCUCAUCGCCGACGGACUCUACAAGGACCUCGCGCGCCCGUGCUUCCCGGGGCGCCACCACCCGGUGUCGCUCGCGCUUCUGGCAAAGGACCUCGGCGCGACUCCCGCUCGGUCGCGGGCGGAGCUCCUCGUCUCGGGCAGCAUCGCCGAAGCAGGGGACCUCAUUUCCGGUGGCAUUGGCGAGGGCAGCACCAGCGUCGCAAGCGUGAGCCGCCUCUCGGCCAGCAUCGCCGAGCACGCCAGCCGGCUCUUCCUCAAGAUCAGCCGCCGCAGCUCUGCGACGGCAACCACCGCGGGCGACGGCUCUGGAGGCGAGGCGACGGUCUCGGUGGACUCGGUGGAGCCGGCGGCCUCGGCGGAGGCGGCGCAGGAGCAUGUCUGACUUUGGCGGCCGCACUCACGGCAGACGCCACAGCACACAGACGCCAUCUCUUGAGCAAUUCACAUGAGCAUGAGCAGGGGCGCCAGCGACCCGCCGGGGAGGAGGGGUGGGAGGCGUUUGUGGGAGGCGUUUGCCGCGUCGGCGAUCCCCACGGGACGGGGUCCAUAUCCGCCGCACACUCUCGCAGUGAUGGGGGCCUUCGCGCAGCGGUGUGCUGCGCGGCGCGCCUUCCUUCUCUAGAGCGGAGAGGCGUAGUGUGGGGGAAGGAGUUAGGGAGGGGGAUGAUGCACAGCGAGGCGCCGUGGCCGUAGUUGCCUGCGAGGCGUCUCUCUCGCGCGCGCCGGCCAGCUGGCGGGCGGCCAGCGCUGGGGUCCUAGAUUGGGAAGGGUUGAGGCAGAGGGGAGACGAAGAGGGUGCUGCGUGCGCACACCGCGCGUCGUUGCAUGUGUGUACUUGAGCGUGCCCCGCGGGAGGUCUCCC